UUUCCACUUGAUAAUUAAACCAAAAAACCGAUAUUUUACGAUUAAGUCGAGAACAUCACUAUUUUUAAUUGACAACUGAUAAAAUUUGAGUUGUGAUUAUUUUAUUCUUUUUUUGAUUCGAUUCCUAUACUAUUUUGUAUCGACCAGUUAUUACAGAAUCAUUCAUUCUAUGGUAAAACUCUUUGUACGAACUUAGAAAUAUUGGAACUCCUUUUACAAUGAUAGCUAUUGGGCUUUUGGCUGCAAAUACGAAAUCGACCACUUUUUGAAUCUGGUAUUACUGAUGAUGUCGCCAUAGACAAAAUUCUAAAUUGGCCAGACUGAAUUCUUCAGUCAGUCAAAAAUGGGGCUGUUGUCAAUUUAUUUCAAACCCAAUUUUUUGGGUUUGUUAAAAUGUUUAAACAAAUUAAAUUGGUUCAUUGUGUUCUUUAGUUUAAUCAAUUUGUCGGUAUGCAUUUACGAAGACCAGAUCGGAAAAUUCGACUGGCGUCAAACAUACGUGGGAAGGAUCAAAUUUUCCCAAUUUGAUACAGUAUCCACGGCUAAGAAGAUAAUUGUCGCUACUGAGGAAAAUGUUUUGGCAGCACUGAAUUUAAAAACUGGACAAGUAGUAUGGCGUCAUGUGUUCGAGAGUGCCUCUACAGGCAACAUCCAGCUCCUGCAGAUUACAGAGAAGGUGGUCACAGUCUCCGGAUCCAACCCUUACUUGGUACGAGGAUGGAACUCUGCUACAGGCGUCCUCCAAUUUGAAUGGUCUUUAACUCUUCAAAAUGAUGAGCAAGCGGACUUCUCAGAGUGGUGGGUGCAGAAUGACAUGUUGGUUCAUAUGCUGCCAGUGUUUGGAUCACAUAUUGAAGUCACCAUGUACAACCUCGCCACUGGACAAAACAGGGGAUCUACCACCAAGUUACCUGCUGUAUGGGCUAACGAUGGAUGCAUAGUAACAGCGCCAUACUACACAUGUAUACACGGCCCAAUGGGUAAUCAGCAGCUGUUCUCUUUGGACGUCACUUCAAACACGAUGCAUCUUAUAAGCCAGCCACUGUCGGAAUACGUUACUUUGUCCUCUUACGAUAGUAACCUGCGACCCCUUGAUGGCAACGGUAUAAUACCAGCGUUCACAGUAGAUGAUAGGAAGAUCAUUGUAAUAAAGAACAGUCGGUUUGAGUUGUUGAAGACUGAUGUGGUGGAUCCGUCGGCUAGCGUGGCGAUAGUAGACAUCGCGAAUGGUCCCGUUGUUCUACAGACUUGGAUUGAUGAUACACAGGGCUUCUCAAUGCGAGCUAACAGCGUGUCAACGGGCGCUGAAGUGUCCGAGCUGCGCACGUCGGACCGCGAGCUGCGGCUGCCCGACCCGGAGGUGUCGGCCGCCGUCUGCACCAAGUCUGCGCGGGAACAACUCGUCUGCAGGAUACUACUCACUGGAGGAGACGACUCCGUACAUCUAAUGCAGCAAGGAGGUCGCAUACUAUGGUCUCGGGAGGAAGCUUUAGCGAACGUCGUGGCUGCCGAGUUCGUCGAUUUACCAGUAUCAGACUUAGAUGCUGCUAUUGAGUCGGAAUUCGAUCAGAAAGAAGGUUCGAUAUGGGCGGCAUUCUCCCGUCGCCUUCAGACGCAGUUCCAACAACUACAGACACUGGUACACAGCAUACAGAGCGGCGAGGUACUGGAGGACGACCCUCCCUCCGCGCUAGUGAGGGACUACUUCGGUCUACACAAGAUUAUUGUACUCGUCACUGAAGUUGGCAAGAUCUUCGGCAUGGACAACCUGUCGGGCUCGAUCCUGUGGCAGCACUACGAGUCCCAGCUGGACACGGAGCACGCGGUGCUGUACACGCGCCGCGCCGCCAGACACCCGCCGCACGACGCGUACCUCACUGUCGUCGGGAAACACCAGGAAACAGGCAACGGCCUAAUCAUCAGUCUGAACCCUAUCACCGGCUCCCUCAUAGGGGAGCGAGUCCUGCAACUAGACGUCCAACUCCUACAGGUCGCUGUACUACACCAAGCUGAUAAUGAGAAGCUGCACGCUCUCAUACUGCUUGAUAAGGAUGAAAAUGUUCAGAUUCUACCUCAGUCGGCGGCGCCGUUGGUGGAGAACAUGUUCAUGUACGUGGCGGAGAGGAACACUGCGCGAGUGCAGGGAUACGCACUCAUAUACAAUGGACAGACUGUAGAAGCACUCCGUACGUGGUUAGUACAACUGGGCGGCUCAGCGGACGCGGGGCACCGUAUAGUGGCGGUGGCGGGCAAGGCGGCCGGGGAGCGGGUUCACUCCCCGGGCCGGGUACUGGCCGACCGCUCCGUGCUCUACAAGUACGUUAACCCCAACCUCGUGCUCUUCCUCACCGAGGGACCAGACCCACUGCACAAAGAUGUAGUAGUGGCGACGUGCGUGGACGCGGCGUCCGGCGCCAUCGUGGCGGCGCAGGCACACCGGCGCGCGCGCGCCCUGCCGCACGCCCUGCAUACCGAGCACUACCUCGCAUACCUGUACUACAACGACAAGCAACGGAGGAAUGAGAUCGCGACCCUGGAGCUGUACGAGGGCAAGCAGCGCUGGUCGGGCGCGGGCGCGGCCUUCACGUCGCUGUGGGCGGAGCGCGCGCCCGGCGUGGAGCGCCUCGCCUACAUCCUGCCCGCCGCGCCCGCCGCCGCCGCCGCCACCGCCACCGAGCGCUCGCUCACCGACAAACACGUGCUGCUGGCGUUAACCUCGGGCGCAAUAAUCGAAGUACCGUGGGCGUACUUAGAGGGAAGACGCGGAGGCGGCGAGGAGGGCGCCAUGUUACCGGCGCCGGCGCCCGAGAUCAUGUUGGCGCCCGAAGCUCGACUCAACUACAACCGGACGUUGGCGCGGCCGAGACAACUCUACACGGCGCCCGCCGGACUUGAAUCUACUAGUCUUGUGCUGGCCACUGGACUCGAUCUAUUCUACACGCGAGUAGCACCAUCAAAGACGUUCGAUCUCCUGAAGGAUGACUUCGACUACUACCUGAUCACCAUAGUCCUGGCGGCGCUCAUUGUCGCCACAUACAGCACCAAAUACUUCGCCUCGCGGAAAAUGCUCAAGCUAGCAUGGAAGUGAUGCAAAUAUAGUCUCUAGGGUACUGUAAUAAGGAAUUUGGACUGUGCCCCCACGGAAAUAAAGUUCAGAUCUAUAAAACAGGUACGCUUCGAAAAGUAUUUGCCUACCGCCUAAAUAAGGCAAGUAAUUAGUUUAUGAUACUGAUUCGCAAGUUAGCAUUAAAGUAGAAGGUAAUUUAAAGUGUUCUAGAAUGAAGUAAUGCUAAAUAUCAAAGAUUGAUACAAGUAAUAUAAUGAAUAACUAACAAUAAGAUGUUAAAAUUAUUAUUAUAAUACAAUAUGUAUUGUCAAAUUCUAGAUAGUGUUACUUGCUUUUCUAUCUCUGCGAUUUUGUACAUUAGAGUUCAUAAUUCAUAUCAACUUGAAUGCUACUGUCUCGAAAAUUGUGCCAUUGUAAUUUUCAAUUCCAUUUUCACCUAUUUUCAUGGCACUGAUAACUUUUGUAAAAUUGUAACCCACUGCCAUGUUUUCCGACGCAGUCCAAAUUCCUAUAUUUUAAUGGACUUUAACAAAUAAACAAUAUAAUACUUUCGUGAUCGUGCAUAGUAAGUGUUUACAUUUAGUAAAUGGAUACACCGUCACAUACUUUAAAGCUUAGGCUCCGUUGUACAAAGUAUAAUGAAAUAUGUAGACAAUGAACCUUUACUUAGGAUACGGGAUGGAAUACGGCCUUUACAAGACUCCGAGUAUACUCCUAGCAAGAGUAAUUUCACAUGGCUACACAAGACCAGUGUAAGCUGACCAUUGAAUGUACGGAAAGGUCAUAUAAAGUGACACCAUGAUAAUUUGGUUUGUUUGUAUAGUUCGUUGCGCGGCCGUGUGUAUUAACAUCGUCAACGCUAGUAAAGUAUCAGCAUAGCGACUUUUGUAUGAAACAAUAAAAUUAUAAGGAAACUGUAAAUAUUGUUACACUUUUACAACGGUGCGUACAAGCAGCAUAUCUAAAGAGAAUUCUGAUGUUUUUGAAUCGAUUCAGUGAUCAAAGUUGUUCAAAUAAAUACCGGUCUAUAUAGUUUAAGUUGACCCCUCUAUUUCAUAUACGAAGCUUCGAAUUUUAUGUCUAAUGGUUAUAAGAUUAAUCUCCUAAGCUACGAUAAAGGAUCAUGUUAAACUGUAUAGACUUUCUAUUGUAAAAUUAGCUAGUGCAAUUUAGAUGUAUUAUUUAUUUAUUAAGGGUGGUUUGUAUUAUACGAUUCAUUUUAAUUAUAUUUAAACCAUUCCACGAUUUGUCACCUAUAAUAUAUCAAUUUUAACGUCAUUCUAUUGUAAAUUAAAGAUAUAAUUAUUUUUUCCUAUUUAAAUCUAUUCUAAAGUCGACUUAAGGUGACUGAGAUGAGUGUAAUCUUAUUAAACAUAGCAUUUAAUAUAAUUAUGUAUCUUAUUCAAUAUGUCCGAGCAUUUGUUCCUACAGAUUAUUUAGUUCUUAUUUAUUGAGACAGAGGAAAACCGCGCAAGAAAUAGUUACUGUUUGUGUUUGAUGCAAUUUCCACAGAUUGUAUAAUAGUACAUUGUAUAAUCUCAGUUAAUUUUAAGUUCCAUUCAUACUUUAAAAGUAGAAAGUAUUAGCUCACGUCACAUUACAUACUUUCGGCUACUCGGUCGAGUAGAACUACUUAAUUAUGUACUUCAAUGCAUAAUUUUAAAAGCAGUUUAUUGCUUACUGUUUUAUAUAUUUGUCUCUGGUAGUCAUAUUUAUCGAGACAACGAGCAGUUUCUAGAUGUUAGAGUUAUAAUACAGAUAUUAUAUUUUAUCUGUUCUCAGUUUAGAACUGUGUUGUUCUAACCACAAUAAACAAAAUGUAAAAAAUAUUCCUACACGUAAUUCCUGACCUAUCUAAUAGAAGAAUGUUUCUUAGAUACUUGUUUCAUAGAUUGUUGCUUAUAUUAUUUCGUGAAUUCUAUCCGUACUCUUAGUUAUUCCUCUAAUUUCUCGACCGCGCUUUCAAUUUUAACAAUAUUUUAUUUUAAAAUAACUAUAUGUGUUAAUGUAAGCGAGGAUUUUUUGUUUAAAAGUAUUUGCUCACGCAGAGUUGUUAAUUAGCAGUUAAGGGUAAAGUUUACCGUGUCUUAUUUGUUUAUUAUGAUGUUUCUUUGUUAUACAUUUUGUUGCAAUGGUGGCUUCAUAGUUCAGAGAUAGAACAUUGCAACCACACUCAUAGCUAGCACUCAUGCGAGCGACAUAAUUCUAUGACUUGUAAAGACAUGUGGACACAUUUAUAAUACAA